GGUUAAGAGGAAACUUUUAAAAGAAAAAAGAGUUUUUCCAGACUGAAGCUGAGGACUUGGGAAGAAAACACAARAUGUCUUCUGAAGGAAAGAAGCUUUUCAACAUCAUUAUUUUGGGAGUCUCAUUUAUGUUUAUAUUCACUGCUUUCCAAACCUGUGGAAAUAUCGCGCAAACUGUUAUCACGAAUUUAAACAACACAGACUUUCAUGGCAGUGGCUACACAAGCAUGUCCAUUAUUUAUGGAGUGUUGUCUGCAUCAAAUCUUAUAUCACCUUCAGUGGUUGCAAUAGUAGGACCUCAAUUCUCCAUGUUUGUUAGUGGUGUAUUUUAUAGCCUGUACAUUGCAGUCUUUAUCCAACCUGCUACAUGGUCUUUCUACACUGCCUCUGUGUUUAUUGGCAUUGCAGCUGCUGUCCUCUGGACAGCCCAGGGAAAUUGCUUGACUGUAAAUUCUGAUGAAAACACCAUUGGAAGGAACAGUGGAGUAUUUUGGGCACUCCUACAGUUCAGCUUGUUUUUUGGAAAUCUGUAUAUAUACUUUGCUUGGCAAGGAAAAACUCACAUAUCAGAGAGCGAUCGCAGAACUGUCUUCAUUGCUCUGACUGUUAUCAGUCUUGUGGGCACAGUUCUGUUCUUUCUGAUUAGGAAACAAGAGGACACAAAAGCUCCAGGGGAUGAUGAUUCCACUAACGAAAUCCUGGGGGAGAGCUCGUCUGCAGGAAACAAAAUGAUGAGAGCAGUGGCUGCCUUCAAAAAAUCUAUUACACUGAGCUUCACCAAAGAGAUGAUGCUUCUCAGUGUUACAACAGCCUAUACAGGUUUGGUGUUAACAUUCUUUUCUGGAGUGUAUGGAACAUGCAUUGGUGCUGUGAAUAGGUUUGGCAGUGAAGAGAAAAGCCUGAUUGGUCUCUCUGGUAUUUUUAUUGGUGUUGGAGAAAUCUUGGGUGGAGGAAUCUUUGGCUUGCUGAGCAAGAAGAGUCGCUCUGGCAGGAACCCAGUGGUGAUGCUGGGCAUCUUUGUCCACUUCAUAGCCUUUUAUUUAAUYUUUUUCAACAUGCCAAAUGAUGCCCCCAUUGCUCCCAUGGAAGGAACAGAUCAAGUUGCUUAUAUGAUUCCAAGCAAAGAGGUGGCCAUGCUCUGCAGCUUCCUGCUGGGGCUCGGGGACAGUUGCUUCAACACCCAGCUCCUCAGUAUUUUGGGAUUCCUCUAUUCAGAGGACAGUGCUCCUGCCUUUGCCAUCUUCAAGUUUGUUCAGUCCAUCUGUGCUGCAGUCGCCUAUUUCUACAGCAACUACUUCCUCCUGCAGUGGCAGCUCCUGAUCAUGGUGAUCGUGGGCUUUUUUGGAACAAUCACCUUCUUCACGGUGGAGUGGGGAGCAGCAGCAGCUCUUGCUGCUCGGGGCUCAGACUACAGCAGCAUUUGAUCCCUGUGCCAGGCCUGCUCUCACUGCAGGAACAGUGCAGGCAUGAUUUUUGGGAAGUAUAAAAAGGUGAAAGAGGUCGAGUUGCUGCGGAGYUUGAGAUGAAGGAAGCUGCUACUUCAGUCCAACUGAAUGUGAAACAAGAGRAAAAAAAUGCCACAUUUGAAAGGCUUUUUUUUCCUUGCUUUGAUCACCUGAAUGGGGUGUAUGUGUUGUUAAAAAUCUGGUAUUGGAAAUGGAAGGGAAUGUCGGGAUCCAUGUAUUGAGCAAUUCUCUUCUGAGUUGUCCCUUUCAGAAUGUAAUUGCCUAAUUUUGCUCUACCAUGCAUUGCAGAAUUACUUUGGGGUUUUUGUCCCUUAAAUUAUUUUUCCUAUAUUCUAGUUCUGCAGACAUUUGGAUUCCUGUAUUGAAUAAGUGAUAUUUUUAUAAGGUAGAUUAUAUUGCAGAUUGUGUCUGCACAGCUGAGAAAUCAAUUUGGCAUUGAAUUUUUCAACAAUUAGAUGUAAGGAAGUAUUUCUUGGGAAAUGUUGCCUUAUUCUGUAUUGCUCAGCUCCUUGCUUCCCAGCCAUUUGUUUAUUAAUCUGUUUCAUGUGCCUAGGUUGUCAGAUCCAUGAGGGGUUUUGUUUGUUUUUUCUUCUGUUUUGGGCUUUUUUGGUUUUGGUGGUUUUAAUUUUUUUGUACGGAAGUCAA